AUGAAUACAAGCGAAAACACUGGUGAGUAUGUUCCUUUUGACCUAAGCAAAGCAGCCGCUGCUGCUACAGAAGAAUUGUUACCGUCGAAAUCUAAGGAGCGGUAUGAAAAGCAGUUCCAAAUCUUUGAAGAUUGGCGUAGGCUUAAAAAUGUUACUUCGCUAACGGAAGACGUAUUUCUGGCUUAUUUUGCGGAAAAAUCAAGUUCUUAUAAGGCUUCAAGCCUCUGGAGCACUUACUCUAUGUUGAAAGCCGUGCUUUUGUUGAAGGAAAAUUUGGAUAUCAGCAAGUUUUGUAAGGUAACUGCUUACCUAAAACGAAAAUCGACUGGUUACCAACCAAAAAAAUCGAAAUGUUUGUCUCGGGACCAGAUAGAUAAAUUUCUGCUUGAAGCUCCCGACAAGGAAUUUUUAUUAAUGAAAGUGGCGCUUAUUUUUGGGGUGUCUGGAGCCUGUCGAUGCGACGAAUUAUCGAGGAUGUUAGUUGACGACAUUGAAGAUCAAAAUAACGUGCUAAUAGUACACAUUCCUGAUUCUAAAACAAAAAAACCUCGACGCUUUGUAGUUGUUGAUGAAAGAAAUCUUGCUACAUACAGACGUUAUUUGGAAUUACGUCCGCCUAGUACUCCACACAAGCGCUUAUUUUUAAAUUACAAGAAAGGGAAAUGUACGGUCCAACCAGUGGGCUUGCAUUCAUUUGGUAAAUUUCCUUCUCAAAUUGCUACCUACCUUGGUCUACCAACACCUCUGGAAUACACAGGACAUUGUAUGCGGCGCAGUUCCGCAACUUUACUAGUAGACGCAGGAGGAGAUAUUACCAACUUAAAAAGGCAUGGAGGAUGGCAAAGCAGUUCAGUAGCAGAAGGAUACAUAGAAGAGUCCAUCGAAAAUAAAUUAGAUAUAGCUAAUAAAAUACAAGCUGGUCCGAAAAAAAUACCCUUCACUAAUAUCGAGACGUGUCCCUCUACAAGUAGUGAUUCAUCUGAAAUCUGUUGCACCGAAAUCUCGACUGAAAUUUUUGAUAAAAAGGUUAAACUUGAUCAUAAAUCUCUGUCUGGAAUUAACAUUGCAAAUAUAUCGAAUUCUACAAUUAAUGUUAAUAUCUGUAAAUAG